ACCCUGCUUCACACUCAUAUUUAUUACUAGGCGGGUGGAAAUCACAGCCGGGCAGGUCGCACAGUUACCUCAAGCGCUGCCAAAUGCAAACGACCACCCCUCUGUCUGUACCAAACACCACCACCACCACCUGCGCUGCGUCACGGAUUACCUGCAGGAUAUUUACUGCUCUCAUCGCAGCGCUGGCACUUUGGGAUUACAGUCUAACGGAUCUUUAAAACGCCGCUGCUGUUAGGACAAAACGGAUGACAGUGUGGUGGUUAGAGAUGGGAGAGGGUUUGGAGCCUCUCUCCCCUGUAGGAUGGUAGCCGACAGCACAGUGGAAGGCCAUGACAAGACUCACUUGUCAAGCUCAUCGUCGUCAUCAUCCUCUUCAUCAUCAUCAUCCUCAUCGUCAUCUUCAUCCUCCUCAUCAUCCUUCUCCUCAUCCUCGUCCUUUUCUUCAUCAUCCUCGCUGUCCUCAUCGUCAUCACUCCGCGCAGAGUCAGAUCAGCUGCAACAGUGGGCCCCUCCGGAGCCGAGGCCAAGGUCAGCGCCCUCCGUCCCCUCCGUGUACCAGACCCACUUCCGUACCUUUUCCUGCCAGGAGGACUGCACCAUAAUCACAGACACCGCAGCCAAGCUAGAGCGCAGCGGCUUCUACUGGGGCCCCCUGGGAGUGGAGGACGCCCACCGCAUGCUGAGGAACGCUCCGCUGGGAAGCUUCCUCAUCCGCGACAGCCGGCAGAAAGACAUCUUCUUCACGCUGUCCUACCACGCCAAGAGCGGGCCGGUCAGCGUGCGCAUCGACUACAAGCGCCAAAAGUUCUCACUGGCGGGCAACGAGCGCUCCUUCCCGACGCUCUUCGCCCUGUUGGAGCAUUACAUCAACUCUCCCAAGAAAAGCCUCAGCACCCCAUACAGAAAAUGGGAGCCCACGCUGCAGGAACUGUGCAGGAAACGCAUCAUGGAGCUGUGUGGUGGACCAAGCCGGGUUCCAGAGCUGCCAGUCACCCAUGUUGUCCAAGACUUCCUGUUGGAAUUCCCUUACAAACUAUGACCAGCUUGCCAUGUAAAGUUUUGACAGUAUUGUUUCUAAUUUCAAGAAGGCAGUUUUUACCAAGUAACAGUAAAGUGGAGUUGGUAAAUCCUGUCCAUCAUGUGUUGAAGUUUGAGACUGCAUUUCCAUGGUUACAU